CACAUCCGUUACAAUAUCUUUGACAACGACAUCAAGAGAUUYCGACAAACAAGAUAGUGCGGCACUUCACAUAAGACCAAACAAUUCAACAAUUCACAAUGCGUUUCUCCACAGCAAUCGCCUUUGUCGCCGCGGCWACUUUGUCGUCCAGUAACGCCUUUGCUCCYGUUCAGCAACACCGCCGAUCCACUCUUGCCCCUCUCGCGGCAACCGUMUCCGCCCCCGCGGACACCUCCGUCUUUUUGACGGCGGAGACCGCCAAGGCUUGCACCGACCUUGCCGGGAGCCCCACCUUUGCCUAUUCCCUCGAUAAACUCCAGGAAUCCGCCGAUGCCUGCCUGGCCUUCCCCAACGCCUACGGAUUGACCGUCCGAUACGCCAUGAAGGCCUGCCCCAACUCGGCGAUCCUCAAGUUUUUCUCGUCGAAGGGCAUCCACAUCGAUGCGUCUUCGGGAUUCGAGGUCAAGCGCGCCAUGGACGCCGGAAUUCCKGCCGAGAACAUCAGUCUCAGUACGCAGGAGCUCCCCGCAAACUUUGCCGAUUUGAUCAAGUUGGGUGUCAAGAUCAAUGCAUGGUAAGCGCAAGUCUUGAUUGUCUCUUUCGCAAAGAAGCAAAAGGGAGGGCAAAAGCAGAUUAGCCCUAAUCACAAUUAUUGGCCCUCGAAUAUUUUUCAUGUCUGCAUGGUGCACGAAGGACGAAAGAAAAAAAACAUCUUUAUUUUGUCACAAAUAAACCAUGUCGACCCGAAAAUUCUUUCCGAGAAAAUAUUUUGCGUUUGCAUGCAYUGCUGGAAUUCUGAUUAUUUUUGUUCUCUUUGUUUCUAGCUCCAUCUCCCAAGUUGAACGCAUUGGUAAGGCCUUCGAAGGAACCGGCCAAAAGGUUGGAAUUCGUGUYAACCCCGGAACCGGUUCCGGAGGAUUUUCGUCGUCGACUUCUGGGUUCUCCAAAACCAAUGUCGGUGGACCAGCCUCCUCCUUCGGAAUUUGGUUUGGCUUCAUCGAAGACGGAACCGUUCCGGACAUUGUUGCCAAAUACGGUCUCACAGUAGAGCGAAUCCACACACACAUUGGAUCGGGCAGUGACCCCGCCGUCUGGCAGCAGGUCGCAUCCAAAUCGUUGUCCUUCUGCAAGGUUUGGUCGACCGUCGAAAGACUGAACCUCGGAGGUGGAUACAAGGUCGGACGUGUAGAGGGCGAGGUCACGACCGAUCUGCAAAAGAUUGGAGGACCCGUUGCGGACGCAUUCCGUGACUUUGCCAAAGAAAACGGCCGAGAAUUGCAUUUGGAAAUCGAGCCCGGAACCUAUUUGGUCGCGAUGAGUGGAGCCUUGGUUUCUACCAUCCAGGACAAGGUGGAGACAACUGGUGACGAUGGCCRCACCUUUUUGAAACUCGAUUCGGGUAUGACCGACGUCCUCCGUCCUUCUCUGUACGGAGCUAUUCACCCGAUGACCAUCCUUCCCGCAUCCGGAAAAUCGGAAGACAUUGGAUCCGAAACCGAAGACGUCAUUGUCGUUGGACAUUGCUGUGAGAGUGGAGAUUUGAUGACACCUAAGCCAGGUGAGCCCGAAGAUUUGGCAGAACGAACUCUGCGAAAGGCCGAGAUCGGAGAUUUACUCGUCAUGGAUGGGAGCGGUGCCUACUGCGCUGGAAUGAGCACCAAGAACUACAAUUCCUUCCCCGAAGCACCGGAAGUUCUGGUGGACUUCGACGGCAAACCACACAUUAUCAGAAAACGUCAACCAUUAGAAGAGAUCUACAAGAACGAAAUGGAUGUUCCAGAGGGAAUCUACUAAAUAUGGAGGAAAACAAUAAUAGAAUGAUGCACGAUCCAUCCAAGGGAAAGAAUAACUAGAUUAAUCAUUG